AUCUUCUCCGUUGAUGUUGAUUGAAAAAUAGAGAAACGAACUCGGAUGCUCUGGCUGCAAAUUUAUGAAAGAAAAAAAAAACAAAAUUCUACAUAUUAAAUCGCCUUGACAGUACUCAAUUGCUCGCCGACGCGUGCUUGUGUGCAAUUAAUUUAAAUCCAUCGAGGGGUACCAUAAUUCUCGACAGUUUUUGUGUGUCAGUGCCAAAGCCACCAAUCGACCGAUCGACAGAUCGAACAAGAAAAUAUAUGCACAUAUAGCAGCCGUUCGAAAAGUUCAUCGGCCCCAAUAUGAUACCUAUUCUGGAGAAACUCAGCGGGUUCUACAACUCGUACGUCUUGGCCGUACUCACCAUUGGUUAUAUCCUGGGCGAACUGGGCCACUAUCUGAUCGGGGUGACCUCCAAGCAGACGGCCAUUGAGCUGGACUACGGUGAUCAUGCCUGCCAGCAGAACACCUCGAUGUUCAAUCGCCACGAGUUGCCCACCCAGUGCUCGGCGGUUAUGAAUGAAACCAGCUGCUAUGCCCUUGACUUCAACGGCACUGGCUAUUGCGAGUGGAACUACAACGGACUGGGCAUCGACUACCAGAUCCUGGCCGGACCCACCUUCAUCCUGAUUUUCACCAUCGCCGGCGUAUUUAUGGGAUUCGCAGCGGACAAGUACAACCGUGUCAACAUGCUGACUGUGUGCACAGUGAUCUUCGGAAUUGCCAUGAUUCUGCAGGGCACUGUUAAGGAGUACUGGCAGCUGGUAAUCUUGCGUAUGAUCAUGGCAGCCGGCGAGUCGGGCUGCAAUCCCUUGGCCACGGGCAUUAUGUCCGACAUCUUUCCGGAGGAUAAGAGAGCACUGGUUAUGGCCAUAUUCAACUGGGGAAUCUAUGGAGGAUAUGGAAUAGCCUUCCCAGUGGGUCGCUACAUCACCAAGCUGAAUUUCUGGAAUCUGGGAUGGCGCGUUUGCUAUUUGGGCGCCGGUGUCCUCACCGUAAUUAUGGCCGCCCUGACCGGAACCACUUUGCGGGAGCCGGAGCGCAAGGCCAUUGGUGAGGGUGACCGCCAGACGUCCAGCGGCAAACCGGUGAGCCUGUGGCAGGUUAUCAAGAAUCCGGCAAUGAUCAUGUUGAUGAUUGCCGCGUCCAUCCGUCACUGCGGUGGCAUGACCUUUGCCUACAACGCCGAUCUCUACUACAACACGUACUUCCCCGACGUGGACUUGGGCUGGUGGCUCUUUGGGGUCACCAUUGGCAUUGGUAGCGUGGGUGUGGUCGUGGGUGGCAUUGUGUCGGACAAGAUUGUCGCCAAGAUGGGCAUUCGAUCACGCGCCUUUGUUUUGGCUGUUAGCCAGCUAAUUGCCACACUACCAGCCUUCGGAUCGGUCUACUUUGAUCCGCUGUGGGCUAUGAUCACGCUGGGCCUGAGUUAUUUCUUCGCCGAGAUGUGGUUCGGUAUUGUCUUUGCCAUUGUUGUGGAGAUAGUUCCGCUGCGCGUUCGCUCCUCAACCAUUGGCGUGUUUCUGUUUGUGAUGAACAACAUCGGCGGCAACCUGCCCAUCCUGGUGGAUCCCGUGGCCAAAGUCCUGGGCUAUCGCGGUUCGAUCAUGAUCUUCUACGCUGGAUUCUACGGCAUCAGUUCUAUUCUCUUCUUCAUCACCUGUUUCCUGCUGGAAGGCAAGCCGGAUGAGGUGGGACAGCCGGAGUCGCCGAAGAGCCAUCCGGAUGCCGUGCUCAAUGCCCGCCACAUGCACGGACACGACAACUCCGUGUUCUCCGUGGACGAGACCCUGCCCUCCAACGGACGUCCUGCCCAACUGCCGCAGCAUCUGCAGAUGUCCAGCAAUGGCUACGACAAGUCCCAGAUUUCUCCGCCACGACAAAAUGGCGCAGAGAGCAGUAGACUAUAGAUUAACUUAAACUCCGGAGUGUUUUUUUUUUUUUUAUUAAUUAAUAUUAUGGAAUUUUUAUGUUAGGGUGUUAAGAUACUGCUUAAAAUACGGCUAACUGAUAAUUCGAUAUCUGCUUUACAUCAGAUAUCAGUUCUUAUCACAAAUAAGCCCGAAUCCGGAGCAGGUGUCCUUGUACCCUGCAAUCAUAGGCCUAAGCGAGGGAUCCCCGAGAUCCCCACAACACUGUAUUUUUAGCGCGAUAACUGUGUACUUAAUUCGCCAUGCGAUUACAAGUGUACAACUUUAAUAAAGUGCUGUUUUGUUAACAUAAA